UCCCUGCAGUCAAAAAGGCCAAGUUCGACGGGCCCCAAGAGAAGUUCAACACCUACGUGACGCUGAAGGUGCAAAAUGUCAAGAGCACGACCAUCGCGGUGCGGGGCAACCUGCCCGCCUGGGAGCAGGACUUCAUGUUUGAAAUCAACCGGCUGGACCUGGGGCUGACGGUGGAGGUGUGGAACAAGGGGCUCAUCUGGGACACCAUGGUGGGCACGGUGUGGAUCCCCCUCCGCACCAUCCGGCAGUCCAACGAGGAGGGUCCCGGGGAGUGGCUGACGCUGGACUCGCAGGUCAUCAUGACCGACAACGAAAUUUCGGGCACCAAGGACCCCACCUUCCACCGCAUCCUCCUCGACACCCGCUUCGAGCUGCCGCUGGAUAUCCCCGAGGAGGAGGCGAGGUACUGGGCCAAGAAGCUGGAGCAGCUCAACGCCAUGCGGGACCAGGACGAUUACGCCUUCCAGGAGGAGCAGGAGAAGCCGCUGCCCGUCCCCGGCUCCCAGUGCUGCAACUGGAAUUAUUUUGGCUGGGGAGAGCAGCAGAACGACGACCCCGACAGCACGGUGGACGACCGGGACAGCGACUACCGCAGCGAGACCAGCAACAGCAUCCCCCCGCCCUAUUACACCACCUCGCAGCCCAACGCCUCGGUCCACCAGUACCCCAUGCGGCACCAGCAGCAGAGCUCCCGCGACUCCUACACCGACUCCAUGCAGAGCUACGAGCUGGACUACUCGGACCAGCGGCCCAUCAGACGCUACGGUAGCGUAGACUCUGCCGCAAACGACGCUGAGUCCGCUUCCGCGUCGAGCAGGCGGACCAGCCGCCAGCCUUCCCUUGAGAGCAGGCGGUCCCUAGACCUAUCGGAUAGCCCCACGGGGAGCAGCCGCUACGCCUCGUCGGCCGAGCUGAGCCAGGGCAGCUCCCAGCUGAGCGAGGACUUCGAGAACGAGAGCCUGCGGGACUCGGAGCUGGACGAGCGGGACGGCGACUCCUACCACUCCUGCCACAGCUCCGUCAGCUACCGCAAGGACUCGCCGCGCUGGGAGGAGGAUGAGGACGACGACCUCUACCUGGAGGAGGAGGAGGAGGAGGAGUUCAACGAGGACUACAGCGAGAAUGAGGAAGGCUACCCCAAAGAGGAGGAGGAAGAGGAGGAAGAGCUGCGGGAGCCGGGCACCUACGAAGCCCCCGAGCACGACGCCUACCCCCCGAUGCAGAAGGCGCAGCAGCAGCAGCAGCAGCAGGUCCCGCAGCCCCAGCAGCCCCAGCUGGUCCCGCAGGCGAAGCCACAGCAGCAGGAGAGGAAGGAGGAGAGGAAAGAGGAGAAGAAGGAGGACAAGGACACCUCUGUCCCACAAGAGACCCCGGAGGCCCAGCGGGUUGGGGACGAAGCCCCCCUGCCAGAGGCAGAGCCCGAGCCUGAGCCCCCCAAACCAGCUGAGAGGGAGCCGGCGGAGGCGGAGGUGCAGGACCCCAAAGCGCGAGCCAAGGCCAACUGGCUGAGAGCCUUCAACAAGGUCUGCCUGCAGCUGCAGGAGGCCCGCGGGGAAGGCGAUGGAGAAGCUAAAUCGCUGUGGUUCAAAGGCGGGGGGGCGGCGGUAAGGUUUCUGCGCUGCAUUAACAGCAUGCCCGACAUUAAGCCCGGACGCAAAUCUCUCCCUCUAGUCAGCGAUCUGGCAAUGUCCUUGGUCCAGUCCAGGAAAGCCGGAAUCACGUCCGCGCUGGCCUCAAGCACCUUAAACAACGAGGAGCUGAAAAACCAUGUUUACAAGAAGACCCUGCAAGCCUUAGUGUACCCCAUCUCCUGCACAACGCCCCACAACUUCGAGGUGUGGACGGCCACCACCCCCACCUACUGCUACGAGUGCGAGGGGCUGCUCUGGGGCAUCGCCCGGCAGGGCAUGCGCUGCGCCGAGUGCGGCGUCAAGUGCCACGAGAAGUGCCAGGACCUGCUCAACGCCGACUGCCUGCAGAGGGCAGCGGAGAAGAGCUCCAAGCACGGAGCAGAGGACCGAACCCAGAACAUCAUCAUGGUGCUCAAAGACCGCAUGAAGAUCCGGGAGCGCAACAAGCCGGAGAUCUUCGAGCUGAUCCAGGAGGUGUUUGGGGUCACCAAGACCACGCACACGCAGCAGAUGAAGGCGGUGAAGCAGAGCGUCCUGGACGGCACCUCCAAGUGGUCGGCCAAGAUCAGCAUCACGGUCGUUUGUGCCCAGGGCCUGCAAGCAAAGGAUAAGACGGGCUCCAGUGACCCGUACGUUACCGUCCAAGUUGGAAAGACAAAAAAAAGGACUAAAACUAUCUACGGCAAUCUCAACCCGGUCUGGGAGGAGAAUUUCCAUUUCGAGUGCCAUAACUCCUCUGACCGCAUCAAGGUCCGCGUCUGGGACGAAGACGACGACAUCAAGUCCCGCGUCAAGCAGCGCUUCAAGAGGGAGUCCGACGACUUCCUGGGCCAGACGAUCAUCGAGGUGCGGACGCUGAGCGGGGAGAUGGACGUCUGGUACAACCUGGACAAGCGGACGGACAAAUCGGCGGUGUCGGGAGCCAUCCGGCUGCACAUCAGCGUGGAGAUCAAGGGCGAGGAGAAGGUGGCUCCCUACCACGUGCAGUACACGUGCCUGCACGAGAACCUUUUCCACUUCGUGACGGAUUUGCAAAACAACGGCGUGGUGAAGAUCCCCGAUGCCAAGGGGGAUGACGCCUGGAAGGUGUACUUUGACGAGACGGCGCAGGAGAUCGUGGAUGAGUUUGCCAUGCGCUACGGGGUGGAGUCCAUCUACCAGGCCAUGACGCAUUUUGCCUGCCUCUCCUCCAAGUACAUGUGCCCGGGGGUGCCGGCGGUGAUGAGCACCCUGCUCGCCAACAUCAACGCCUACUACGCCCACACCACCGCCUCCACCAACGUCUCGGCCUCCGACCGCUUUGCCGCUUCCAAUUUCGGGGUAAGUCCGAUGAAAGAGCGUUUCGUCAAACUCCUCGACCAGCUGCACAACUCGCUGCGCAUCGACCUCUCCAUGUACCGGAAUAACUUCCCUGCCAGCAGUCCCGAGCGGCUGCAGGACCUCAAGUCCACGGUGGAUUUGCUGACCAGCAUCACCUUUUUCCGGAUGAAGGUCCAGGAGCUGCAGAGCCCUCCCCGAGCCAGCCAGGUGGUGAAGGACUGCGUGAAAGCCUGCCUCAACUCCACCUACGAGUACAUCUUCAACAACUGCCACGAGCUCUACAGCCGCGAGUACCAGACGGACCCGAGCAAGAAGGGCGAGGUGCCCCCCGAGGAGCAGGGGCCCAGCAUCAAAAACCUGGAUUUCUGGUCCAAGCUCAUCACCCUGAUCGUGUCCAUUAUCGAAGAGGACAAGAACUCCUACACGCCCUGCCUGAACCAGUUCCCCCAGGAGCUGAACGUGGGGAAGAUCAGCGCCGAGGUGAUGUGGAACCUCUUUGCGCAGGACAUGAAGUACGCGAUGGAGGAGCACGACAAGCACCGCCUGUGCAAGAGCGCGGACUACAUGAACCUGCACUUCAAGGUGAAGUGGCUGUACAACGAGUACGUCACCGAGCUGCCCUCCUUCAAGAGCCGCGUGCCCGAGUACCCCGCCUGGUUUGAGCCCUUCGUUAUCCAGUGGCUGGAUGAGAACGAGGAGGUGUCGCGGGAUUUCCUGCACGGAGCGCUGGAGAGGGACAAGAAGGACGGGUUCCAGCAGACGUCGGAGCACGCGCUCUUCUCCUGCUCCGUGGUGGACGUCUUCUCCCAGCUCAACCAGAGCUUUGAGAUCAUCAAGAAGCUGGAGUGCCCCGACCCGCAGAUCGUCGGGCACUACAUGCGGAGGUUUGCCAAGACCAUCAGCAACGUGCUGCUGCAGUACGCCGAGAUCAUCUCCAAGGAUUUCGCCUCCUACUGCUCCAAGGAGAAGGAGAAAGUGCCCUGCAUCCUGAUGAACAACAUCCAGCAGCUCCGCGUCCAGCUGGAGAAGAUGUUUGAAGCCAUGGGGGGGAAGGAGCUGGACACCGAAGCCAGCGACAUCCUCAAGGAGCUGCAGGUGAAACUCAACAACGUCCUGGAUGAGCUGAGCCGAGUCUUCGCCACCAGCUUCCAGCCGCACAUCGAGGAGUGCGUCAAGCAGAUGGGUGACAUCCUGGGCCAGGUGAAGGGCACCGGCAACGUCCCCGCCAGCACCUGCAGCAGCGUCGCGCAGGAUGCUGACAACGUCCUGCAGCCCAUCAUGGACCUCCUGGACAGCAACCUGACGCUCUUCGCCAAGAUCUGCGAGAAGACGGUGCUGAAGCGGGUGCUGAAGGAGCUCUGGAAGCUGGUGAUGAACACGAUGGAGAAGACCAUCGUCCUGCCCCCGCUCACCGACCAGACGAUGAUUGGCACGCUUUUGAGAAAACAUGGCAAGGGGACAGAGAAGGGCACGCAGAUGAUCUUCAACGCGGCCAAGGAGCUGGGGCAGCUCUCCAAGCUGAAGGACCACAUGGUGCGGGAGGAAGCCAAGAGCCUGACCCCGAAGCAGUGCGCCGUGGUGGAGCUGGCCCUGGACACCAUCAAGCAAUAUUUCCAUGCUGGUGGCGUGGGGCUGAAGAAAACCUUCCUGGAGAAGAGCCCCGACCUGCAGUCGCUGCGCUACGCCCUGUCCCUCUACACCCAAGCCACCGACCUCCUGAUCAAAACCUUCGUGCAGACCCAGUCCUCACAAGUUCAUGGUGGAAAAGGUGUUAGGUUUACCCUUAGUGAAGAGAUUUAUCCUGAGAAGGGCUCUGGCGUGGAUGACCCCGUCGGGGAGGUGUCCAUCCACGUGGAGCUCUUCACGCACCCCGGCACCGGAGAACACAAAGUCACCGUUAAAGUGGUGGCCGCCAACGACCUGAAGUGGCAGACGUCGGGCAUCUUCCGUCCCUUCAUCGAGGUCAACAUCAUCGGGCCCCACCUCAGCGACAAGAAGAGGAAAUUCGCCACCAAGUCCAAGAACAACAGCUGGGCCCCCAAGUACAACGAGAGCUUCCAGUUCACCCUGGGGACGGAGACGGGCCCCGAGUGCUACGAGCUGCAGGUGUGCGUGAAGGAUUACUGCUUCGCGCGGGAGGACCGCACGGUGGGCAUCGCCGUGCUGCAGCUGCGCGACGUCCUGCAGCGCGCCAGCUGCGCCUGCUGGCUGCCCCUGGGCCGCCGCAUCCACAUGGACGACACCGGGCUCACCGUGCUGCGCAUCCUCUCCCAGCGCAACAACGACGAGGUGGCCAAGGAGUUCGUCAAGCUCAAGUCCGACACGCGCUCGGCCGAGGAGGGCAGCAGUUAAAUCCCCCCCCCCACCCACCCAUUUUGUCCCCCCCCCCCCCUCCCAGCCCUGCGCCCUCCAGCCACGUAUAAGCCAUAAGAGCGGCCACGAGAGGAGGCGCCCGGUGUUUUUGGGCAGUGUUGGACCCCCCCCUCGUCCCUCCCCUGGGUGGUAGCGCUGAGCACGAGCACCCCCCCGUCCCACCCCGAUGGGGCUGGGGGGGCUGGACCCCAAGCUGGGCUGAUGGGGGGGGCUCUGCCCCUUCCCAGCCUGGGCUGGAGGGACCCUCGUGCCCCAUCCCCACCCCACCCGGCCCUAAACCUCAUCGAGUGACACAAGGGAAGCACUGGGAUGGGGGGGGUGAGAGGUUGGGGGGGGGUCUUCCCAGCGUGAUGAUCCCUUGUCCCCCACCCGGUGUUACCAGGGGCAGGGCCCCCCCCCCCCCCAGCACCCUGUACAUAUGUAAAUAGCUGUACAUACACGGGGCAGCAGGACACGGCCGUGUCCCGCACCCCGAAGGGCUAUAGGGGCUGGGGGGCCAGUGGGCACAGCCCCCACCACAGGGUCCCCCCCCCAGCCGGCGGUGGCACCACCAGGGCCGGGAGCAGCAGGGAGCAGCCCCCGGCCCCUAUCCUGUCUUCCCUGCCUGGCCGCCGUGCGGGUGGCCCCGCUGCCCCCCCCCCCCAGGGUGCCAGGGUGGGGGGCACCCCCCUCCCACGGGCUGGGGGGGGCACCCAUCUCCCUUGGCUCUGGUGAGCAGGGACUGCCCACCCCCAACCCCCCCCAUGUGGCACAAGGUCUCUGCAGCAGCCCCCAUGGGACCUCUUUGGCACAAGCAAGACCCUUGGCCCCCUCCCCAAUAGGACCCCCCCCCAUAUUCCCCAUUAACCACCAUUUCUGUGUGAUCAGUGGUGUGCGUGUCUCGGGGGGGUGGAUAGGGAGCACAGCGUCCCCCCCCGUGCUGAGAGGGACGGCCACCCCUCAGCACCAGGGGGGACAGAAGCCUGAAGCCCCCCCAGGUCAAUAUAUACCUCUCAGCCCCCUCCCCACCCCAAAACAGGGUAACCCAGCCCCCCCUCCCAGUCCUUUUUCUAUAGGAUUUGCCUGGGACCAAAGGGUUUAGGUAUCCACUCAUUUCUGUUCAAUGUUUACACCCCUUUUCUAACUGCUGCUCCCGGGGGGGGCCAAGCCCCAUUCUCCCCCCCCCCCCCAAAAAAAAAAAUGUGCCCCCUCCCCCCCCAGUCCUGUUUGGCAUGUGAUUGAACCGCCCACCCCGCUCCUGUACCCGUGUCACCGAUGUCCCUGUGUCUGUACCUCCCCCCGCCGGGGGGCUACCAUGGAUGCAUGACCGUGAGAUGUUUUGCACUAUUUUGACUUUUUUGGGCUCUGUAAAAAUAUUUUAUUAUAACUGACAUUAAAAAGCACACCCUUG